AUGUAUAUGUUGAGCAUUUUGAAAGAGAUUUCAAUAAUUUUCUACAGUCACGCUAUGAGGAAUUAGCAUUGGAUGGUGUGAUGGUACUAACUUUUAUUGGAAGAGAAAACAAUGGUGAAAUUACUUCUUAUGAAGUACUUGGCAUGGUACUCAACCAGAUGGUCCAAGAGGGUUUAGUUGAAGAAGCCAAACUGGACUUGUUUAAUAUACCUAUAUAUCAUCCUACUAUAGAGGAAGUCGAACAAAUUAUUAAGGCAGAAGGAUCUUUUAUCAUCAAAACAUUGAAGACUUUUAAAAUAGGUUGGGAUGCAAACCUACAAGAAGAUAUGAAUGAUUAUGUUGUUGAUAGAAAAAUGAGAGGAGUAUUCAUAUCUAAAUACCAUAGAGCUCUACUCGAAUCUCUUUUAAUAGCUGAGUUUGGUGAAAAUAUCAUGGACGAAUUAUUUUCAAGGUUUGCAAAACUAAUUCAACUAUUUAUUGAGUUAAAGUCACCAGAUUUGAUGAAUAUAGUGUUAUUCAUGACUAAAAACUCUUGAAAAAGGUGGAGUCAAUAUUAUAACAUUAAUAUAAAUUAGAAUAACAAAUAAAUAUAUUUUUAACUACAU